CGAGUUAAGUAUAUGUGUGUAUAUGUAUAUAUUUGCAUAUAUGUGCACGUUUGUGUGUAGCAGUCAAAGUCAAAGCAGAAACGCAGAAAAUUAAGGCGCAGCAGCAGCGACCAAACACACAAAUUUUCAUUUCUGACAGAAACUCUGUGUGGAAAUCUCGUGUGUGAUUUUUUGCAAAAAAAAAGUCCAAAGCUCGUGUGUGGAAAAAUCAAUUUAAGGGUAAUUGGAAUAGUGCCCAAACAUAAACAGCAGCAUGGACAGCGCCGGUAAAAACCGUUAUGAACUUUUGUUCAUGGACGACGAUGUUAGCGAUCCAUUAGAUAAUCUAGUUGCGGCCAAGAAGAAGCAGCAGCAGCCAGCGGCGGCGCCAGCAGCAGCGGCUACGAAAACGGCGCCAACCGCAAAGGCAGCUAAACCCGGAGCUGGAGCGGGUGCCAACAAGAAGCCAAAUCAAGCCGAAAAGGAAAACAAACCAGGUGCGCUCAACAAAAAUGAUGGCAAGAAAUCGACAACUGGCAACAAUGAGAAACUGAACAACAACAGCAAUAAACAAGGUGGGGCUGUUGCUGCGCGUAGUGCUGGCGGUGCUGCUGCGGGCAAAACACGUGAAGCUGGUCAAGGGCAACAACAACAACAGCGCAAUGUCAAUUUUCGUCAACAGAAUGGUGAGGCAACCCGCGAGCAGCGCAAUAAUCGCCGCAACGUGCGCGAAAAUGGCGCUCCAGGUGGCAACUCUGGUAACAAUGCUGAUGGAAAUCCAAGACCUUAUCGCGGCGGCGGUGGCAGCGGCGGUUUCGGCGGCAAUGCUGAUCGUCCACCACGCCAGAAUCGCAACUUUGACGGCAACAAUCGUAAACGUGAAUUUGAUCGUCAAUCUGGCUCCGACAGAACUGGUGUAAAGGCUGUUGACAAACGCGAUGGCGCUGGCGCACAUAACUGGGGAUCGGUAAAGGAGGCCAUCGAUGAUGUGAACAAGAACAAUGAGGGCGCAGAGACUACAAAUGCCAACAAUGCUGAAGGUACCAAGGCUGACGAAUCUGGCAAUGAGCAAACGGCUGAGCAGAUCGCAGCUGAGGAAGAGGCCAAAGAGAUAACUCUGGAUGAAUGGAAGGCACAGCAGCAGCAGCGUAUUAAGCCCAAGUUCAACAUACGCAAGGCUGGCGAAGGCGAGGACACAUCACAGUGGAAGAAAAUGAUUGUGCUGACCAACAACAAAAAGAAGGAGAACGAAAGCGAAGAGGAACUUGAAUACGAUCCCGCCAUGUAUCCGCAGCGUGUAGGUCGUCAACAGCGCGUUCUGGACAUUCAAUUCAAUUUCAAUGAUGGACGUCGCGGAGGCGGUUUUGGCGGACGCGGAGGUCGUGGUGGCCCACGCACUGGCGGCCCACGCAGCGAUGGCCCACCCGGCAAUCGUGGUGGCGCUACCGGCGGCGGUCCUGGCAAUCAUAGGGACGCCGAAGGCGGCAACACUGAGCCUCGCCCAGUGCGCUCCGAGACCGCUCGGCCGCCAGUGGAGCGUCGCGGCAUGGGUGGUGGCAUUGGCGGUGGUCAUGUCGGCAAGCGUUUCGGUAAUGAACGCCAGCAGAAUGCUGCACCCAAGGUUAACGAUGAGCGCCAGUUCCCUACUCUGGCCUAAGCGCCAUUGAAAAACAAAAAAUUAAAUGCGAGAUUAAGAGUUGGUGGCUGUAAAGGAAGACAGGAGGAAACAAGCUUACCAAUCACAAUCUUACCAUUCAUACACACACCCUCACUCACAGUCACACACAACCACAUUUGCUAAAUUUUCAAGCAUUACACUGAAAGAAAAACAAUGUUAUAAGAAUUUUCAAAAUGCGAAUUGGCCGCAGCGCAGCCGAAGGCCAAAAGCAUCAAAAACAAAUAUUUGAA